GACAGACGAGAAAAUUAUCAGAGAUGUAGGUACGUUAGCUCGCGGCACAUAUGUGAGAGUUAUCUUCUCAAACGUCAAGAACAGUGGUCGAGUCACGAAAUGCAGUCCGUACUAAUUACCGGCGCAAAUAGAGGACUGGGUUUGGGAAUGGUAAAAUAUCUACUAAAACAGAAUAAGGCUGAGAAAAUAUUCGCAACAUGUAGAAGUUCGUCAGAGGAAUUAAAAACACUAUCACAAGAAAACAAACAUCUUCACAUUUUACAACUUGAUGUCACAAAUACUGCCAAGUUCGAGGAAGUGGCGUCGCAAAUAAGUCAAGUGGUCGGCGCCAGGGGACUGAACGUGCUGAUCAACAAUGCGGCGGUCGCUACCAAGUUCACCAAAAUAAACCUGGUCAAACCUGAACAGUUGCUGGAGAAUUACGCUGUCAAUACUGUUGCACCAAUCAUACUGACUAAGACUUUGCUACCACUGCUCAGACAGGCUUCAGAAGCGAACAGUGACAAGCCGGUGGGCACACAGCGAGCGGCAGUCAUCAACUUGACCUCCGUGCUGGGGUCCAUCGCUCAGAACGACCAGGGCGGAUACUACCCAUACAGAUGUUCUAAGGCAGCACUGAACAUGGCAACCAAAUCGAUGAGUCUAGACCUACAGAAGGAUCAGAUCCUCGUGGCUUCAGUGCACCCAGGGUGGGUGAGGACCGACAUGGGCGGUAGUAAAGCCCCACUAGAUGUCACCACCAGUAUCAAUGGACUAUUCGACACCAUAUUCAAGCUGCGUGAGAAAGACUCUGGAAAGUUCUAUCAAUACGACGGUACUGAGCUACCAUGGUGAUUAGUAAACAUCCAAAAAGCAUACAACGCAGCAUAAUUACUAAAUUU